UUCUAAUCUGUGUGCUGAUACUUGAUCCGUGCAGUACUCUAGUUAAGCUCUUGACAAGCAGAAUCUCUCCCUGCUGGAGAGAGUGAAGGAUAAAGGAUGAACGGAUGAUGCUCAUUCGUGGCAGCGGUGCAACCCCCACCCCUGUACCACAACUGUAAGGCUUUCACAAGUUACUUACAGUAGCGAUAUAAUUUCCGUCCUUGUGUCCACUACUAGCUUUUUCCAGCGUCUACUCAAGCAUUUGAAAGUUGCCUUGUGAAUACAGAAACGUGAGCAGCUCGUUUUAGCCCACCCAGCCCUUUACCAACGGAGAGAUGGGCGAGUAGCUGCCUGAUGUGGAGAGACUGACGCUGUCCCCAUGCAUUAACCAGCAGCUUUCUUCGGCCAGAUGAAUCUGAAAUCUCUUCGUCCCCCAGUGCCUCUCGCCCUCCUCUUCAUCCACAGCUGAGGCUGGGUAUCUGGACCUGCUGCAGCGCCUUUCCUGGAGUGAUCUAGCUACUUUUUACGGGGUGGUCAGAUGUUGAUCGCUGAUGAAACAGGAAAGAUGCUAACGUCGGAGAUGUUGGAUUUUAAAAAAACAAAAUACGCAAGAUUUAUGAAUAACUGUGUUCCACCCAACCGAAGAUAUCAGCCAACAGAAUACGAGCAUGCAGCAAACUGUGCUACUCAUGCGCUCUGGAUAAUACCCAGCAUCCUCGGUAGCUCCAUCCUCUACUUUCUGUCUGACGAUCACUGGGAAACUGUCUCAGCAUGGAUCUAUGGGUUUGGCUUGUGUGGACUCUUCAUCGUCUCAACAGUUUUUCAUACAAUUGCCUGGAAGAAAAGUCACCUACGAACAGUGGAACAUUGUUUUCAUAUGUUCGACAGGAUGGUGAUUUACUUCUUUAUAGCAGCUUCUUAUGCCCCCUGGCUGAAUCUCCGUGAGUUGGGCCCUUGGGCCUCACACAUGCGCUGGAUCAUUUGGAUCAUGGCAAGCAUUGGCACUGUUUAUGUUUUCUUCUUCCACGAGAGAUAUAAGCUUGUGGAGUUGAUAUGCUACAUGGUCAUGGGUGUGUUUCCAGCUUUGGUCAUCCUCUCAAUGCCAAACAGAGAUGGUCUCAUUGAAUUGAUCGUUGGGGGCAUAUUUUAUUGUCUUGGCAUGGUGUUUUUCAAGAGCGAUGGCCGCAUCCCCUUUGCACAUGCCAUUUGGCACCUCUUUGUGGCAAUUGGAGCUGGUAUCCACUACUAUGCCAUCUGGAGGUAUCUGUACCAACCCAGCACUUUGCAACUCAAAACUUAAAGUGAUGCCUUAUGUUUUUUUUGUGACUCUUAACUACAUCAAAAUGCAGUGCAUGUAAAACAGCGGAUUAUGGGUAAUAUCCCAAUGAAUUUUUUAAAUAAGGAUAACAACUUUUUUGUUAUUAUUUUUUGUACAAGUUUUCCAAGGCACACUGUAGAUCACUAUUUUCUCAUAUUCAUUCAGGUACAUAGCUACACUGAGCUACAAAUACUGGAUAAAUGAUAAUCUCAUUUAGAGAUUACCCCAGGAUUUAUGAACACAUUCUCACAUCUUUUGAAGAGAAGAAUUCUUAAUGUCUGAGAAAACUUGUACAUAUUGUGAAUGAGGCUUUGUUUGCAAUUUUCUGAACAGACUCUUCUUAGCUCCAGUUUAAGCCACUGAAGCAUAAAUUAUGAUUUACUGCAGGUCUUACAUAGUUUUCAAGUGAAGUGACUCUAUAACAUUUAAAUUCUAGAAGCAAUACAUACUUCCAGUGUUAAAAUAUACCUGUACUUUGGCCUUUCUCACACAGCAUUUUCUGUUCUAAGUUUCCCUCACUGAUGAAAAACAUGAUUGCAUUUGGAUGGCUAAUUUUUUAAUAUGCCCACUACAACAACCUCUAUUUGUAAAGUUCAUAAUUUUAUUGUAAAUUAGCUCU